CAAGUACGUGCUCCGACCCAGAGCGAAAGGCGGAGAGCCGAGAGGAGUUCACCGCUCUGCGCGUGUAAAAAAAAAAAAACCCAGCGGCUCCCGGAUUUUGCUUCCAACUUUUCUGCGUUCCGCUCGUCUCGUCUCGUCCUUGUCGCAUUCCUCAGAGCGUUUGGAAUGACCACUUUUCCCGCCUGCGUCGCCUCCAUGUCAGCAUGGGAACUGCCGUGUCCAAAAGGAAGAAUCUGAGAAACGAUGCGAUAUCUUCUGUGGCAGCAAAAGUUAGAGCAGCGCGAGCAUUUGGAGAGUACCUGUCCCACACGCACCCUGAAAACCGAAACGGAUCAGCUCAUCUUCUGUGUGAAACCUUGGUGGGUCCUGAUCCAGAGUCGCCAAGAGACACGAUUGGACUCAACAACAACACUCACCUCCCUCCCUGCUCCUCUGCUAACGGCUGUACGAACAAACCAAAUUCUAUCCUGGCAAAGGAAAAGCUGGGCCUAAUCCAGCCUCCUCUCACAUCCAUCACAGUUUCUACCAAACCAACUAGUAUCGAACAUAGCUUCGCAGCAGAGGAGGACCAGAAGACGUCGUUUGAGUGCACCCGUGUGUACACCAUCUCUUCCCAGCACGGCAUGCUGAUGAGCAGUGGCCGGGGCAGCAAAGAGAGCCUAGAACUGGACAUCCUGAAGGAGAAGUCAGGGAGCGGUGGGGUAGGGUCUAGAGGUGGCCCAAUCCAGCCCUCCACCUCCCCAUCCUCUGCCUCCUCAUCUCCAACCCAGUACAUCCGCUCGAGCAGCAGCCGAGGCAUCAGCAGUUGUAGCCACCCUCACCACUGCAAUCACCACCAUCACCACACCUCCAUCUCUGGAAUAAACGCCUCCUCUAGCAGCGGUGGAAUCAGCGGGCCAAGCUGUAGCAGUAGUCACCAGCAGCAGCAAGCGGGUGCAGGAUCCCACUCCCAUCACAUGACCCACCACCAUGCCCAUCAUCACCAUCACCUAGCCCAACCACCGCUACAGACCUCCGUCAGCGCGCACAAUAUCCGUAGCCUUGGUGAAGGUGCGAAAGGGGAAGCAGAGUGCAGUGGGCUUGCUUGCGACUCGUGCAGCGGAGCCCCUUCGCGUAGCCAAGGGUCACUGGACCUGGAAAGUACAUCCAGAGAGGCAGGCAAGCAGCACCGACGCCUAGAGCGGAUGUGGAGUGUGGACCGGGUGACUGGGCUGGAGAGAGAGGACACCAACUGGUUCCCCAAGGAAAACAUGUUCACCUUCCAAACAGCCACAACAACAAUACAAGCAAUAUCGGCUUUCCGGGGAUUUGUGCAAAGAAAAAGACAAGAGAGGGAGCAGGAUACGGCAGAAGUCAUCCUGAGGAACUUCCGGAAGCAUCUUCGGAUGGUGGGAAGCAGAAGGAUUAAAGCGCAGACAUUCGCUGAGCGUAGAUCGAAGAGUUUCAGCCGUUCCUGGAGUGACCCCACCCCAGUCAAGACUGACUCCCCUCAUGAGGCUAAAGACAGUGGAGACCUGCAGGCCUCCACUAACGCUCUGGAGGAUGGAGCCCUUGAUGAUGCUCUAGACUGGGAGGAGGAGAAAGAGAUGGAGAGGCUGGCCUGUGAAGGAGAUGACUUUGUUCCUCCCAAAAUCAUGCUGAUUUCUUCCAAGGUUCCAAAAGCAGAAUACAUUCCCACCAUAAUCCGCAGGGAUGAUCCAUCUAUCAUCCCCAUCCUCUAUGAUCAUGAACAUGCAACUUUUGAUGACAUUUUGGAGGAAAUAGACAAGAAGCUCACCGCGUACAGGAGAGGAAGUAAAUUCUGGCGGAUGCUUAUCUUCUGUCAGGGAGGCCCUGGUCAUCUGUACCUGCUAAAGAACAAGGUGGCGACCUUUGCUAAAGUGGAAAAAGAAGAAGAUAUGAGCCAAUUUUGGAGAAGAUUGAGUCGCUUUAUGAGUAAAGUCAACCCAGAGCCAAAUGUGAUCCACAUAAUGGGAUGCUAUGUUCUGGGAAACCCCAACGGAGAAAAGCUGUUCCAGAAACUGAAGAAUCUGAUGAGGCCAUAUUCUGUUGAGUUUGAAUCACCGCUGGAGCUGUCUGCACAAGGCAAAGAAAUGAUCGAGAUGUACUUCGAUUUUCGCCUUUACCGCCUUUGGAAGACGCGCCAACACUCUAAACUCUUGGACUACGAGGACCUUUUGUGACGAAGACAUGCUGACAACGAGUGCAGCGGUAGCCCAACAGUGCCAAGAGGACACUGUUAAAACUGACGAUCCAGUGGCAGAACAUAUCUUAAUUGUCAGGUUGGGGCCGACAGCUUAAAAAAAAUAAAUAAAAUGUUGUUCCUGCUUUAAUGCUGGUGGAGGCUGGAAGUGGAGGAAGACAGAAGGAAUGAGAAAAAAAAAUGAGGAUAAACCCCAACAAAGCUGAACUAUCCAUAUCAAACCUGUCAAAUCUGUUUUUGUUUUUUUUUCCUUCAUCACUUGAGUUUCAAAAAUAUAAACUGAUGAUUAAAAAUGUAUACAUAUGCUGUUUUUGUCACACUGUUGUUGCAAUGUCAUGCUUUCUGGGGCAAUGUACUUCAGAUGAAUUGCUAUAACUCAUCCUGUCUCAAUGUGGUUCUGUGUUUUGACCUCUCAGACUGGCCCCUGAGACAUACAUAUACAUCGGUAAUGUUAAAGUGUGUAUAGUUCACAUAAAUAUAUUAGUAUAGCCUUAGUCAUGCAAAUAAUACUCUAUACUGGAUCAUUGUUUCUUUUCUAAGUGCAUUGUUGUGCAGUUUCAUAUGGAAAUACUUUGAAAUAACUCAGGUUUUUGCCAUAAAUUUAAUGAAUCUGUCUAUUCUACGAUGACAUUAUAAUAUUCAAUGCCAUUGCUUUGAAUGAAUGUAUUAUCUCUAGAGAUUUGUGGGAAUAUGAAUGUUUUGUGAGGAAAAAAAAAAGUUUCGGGUGUGUUUUCCAUUUAAAGUAAGUGUGCAUUUUCUCUUAAAUCUCCUUUAAGCAAAAAGAAUAAUUGCCAGCAUUGCCAUAAAUAUCCCUUUGUCAUGUCUAUUCAAAAAGGAUGAGAGUCCAGCGUGACUCAUGAUGUCAAAGGAUGUAACAGCCAUCCAAGGGCUCCUACAACUGAAGAGGAGUUUCCCUGAUGAUCAAACCUUGUUCUUUUGCAGCGGGAUCAGUCCUAACAAUAGAACCAACUCCUUUUUUUCUGUUAAAAAUACUCUUGCUGCUCUUAGUAAGAGCCAAACAAGCCUCCAGCACCUCUAGCUUUGAAGACCAGAGUUCUCUGAAAUGGAGAAGUCUACCAGAGUAUGAAGCAGUGAGCAUUUAUAUGACCUCACUGAUGGGUGUCAACGUAUUUAAGAAGACCAGAAAUGUGCACUCUUAGAAGAGCGGAACAAUUCCAGCUGCUUCUGGCAGACUAACGAUGAUGUAAUCCACACAGAUGCAAUCGCACAUGCUAGGGCAUAGACCAGAAUACAUUUAGAGACAAAGUUAGAAGGGCACAGGUACCAUAGCCUAUUUAUAAUUCAGCUGGUGUGCUUGUCAUGAGCACAACUGCGAAUGGAAACAUAGUUCUGAUAUCCGCUGUGGCUCAGGGGGAAGAUUUCUGAGGGAAAUAACACAGAUGUCAUCUCAGCAAUGGCUUUAGACUUCAAAUUCAUUCGGAUUCGUUUGUGACGACACUGGUUGAGUGGACGUGUGUGAGAGCUUAUCUGCAGUAUGUAAAGAAUGAAAAUGCUGCCGUGUUCCAGAGCAGAAAGUAAAGGUUGAUUAAUUAAAGGUGGUAAAUUAGGAGAUUAAAACCAAUUAAAAGGCACAUAUACCUGACACCUAAAAUUGUAGAAUUAGAUCACUUAACAUAAUAUAAAGGAAGCUGACAUAUUUGUCAGUGAAAAUUAUAUUUAUAUUUCUGUUGUCUAUGAGAAAUGUUUUUUUUUUCUUUUUUUUGGCACCACUGCCAGAGAUCCUUCAAACAAAUUCAGCUUUUAUUGCAGUUACAAACUUUUCAGUGUAAAAACAUUAUUCAAAGGCUGCGGGUGAGGAGGGGGUAUCUGGGACCUGUGUGAGAUGCUAUUAAUAAUCACUUCAUAUUACUGAAGCAAAUAAUGAGGGGAAUCUUAAUGGAAAAUGGCCCAGGUUUACGUUGGUAAAGGUGAUCAUUUUUCCUUUCCUCUUUUCCCAUUUAGAAAUUUGUCGUCAAUUGUUAUUUUGAUGUAAUUUUUUAGUUUAGUUUUUUUUUUCACACCUUGGUUAAACGUGACCAGAUCCAGUACAGGGGUUUUUUUGUUUUGUGUUUUUUUUCCAAGUUAGAGAUUAUGUUACUGCAAUAAAAGAUGGAUUUAUUUUAAGGCUUUUUAUACGUCUUCAACAGGUGAGUCAGUAACUUUUGCAAACAAAGCUUUUAAUUUCAAAGGAAAUGUUAGUUUUAGAUUGAAAAAUGAAAUAUUUUUUAUAAGAGCAGGCCCUGGGGCAAAUCAUUAUAUCCUUAUAAAUCUUUUUUUAUCUUCAAAUUCUAGUAAACUGCAAUUAGAAGUAUGACAUUCUUGUACUUUAGUUGACAAAAAAACAAACAAAUCAAAUCCCUAAAGUGACCAUUAGCUGCUUUGGUUUUUAAAAGUAGGGUCUUGGGUAUUGUCAAAACUAAAUUGGGAUUCUACCAUUUUUGCUUUGCUUGUCUGGUCAGAGGGAACAUUUACUGACAAAAUGUUUUAAACAAUGCUUAAUUCAAGGUGUUUAAAAGGACACGGUGCAAAACUAAUCCAAUCACAGCAGUUCCACAACCACCACCAAGAUCUGUUAUACUACAAAGAGCAAGAAAGUAAAAUUUAAAUAGUCGAGUGUUUGCAGACAAGAAGUGGGGGUAGAAAGUGUGUAGGGCUUAUAUGGUUGUAGCUUUUAACACACAAGACAAUGCUGUCGAUAUUUCUGUUAUAAUUCUUAUAUACUUGUUCUGUUGUCAAUAUAUAAGGAUUUGUUCAAGUUUGAUGUGAUUAUCCUUUUUUGAGAAAAAAAAACAAACUAAAUGAUCUUUUUCUUAUUAUUUCUGAUGUAUUUGCUGUGUCUGACAUUGCAGUCCUAGCCUGUUUUUCUGGAAUAGCCAAGUGCUCUCAUCUCUUCUCUCUUUCUCUCUCAGCCUGAGUCACGUAAUGUGUUUUCACUACAGAUUUAAAAUUCAGCAGUUACACAACCUGUCAUCUCACAGAGCCAUUUUAAUUCCAGCAAAAGCACUGUGCUGCCAAAUUCUCCAAGAAGUCGCCCUAAACAGCUGCUGGAUUUUAAUGGGAUUAUUUUUCAGAGUUUUCACCCCGGCAUAAUUUUCCGCUUCAGAAACACGGCAGCCACGGGUUAUUUCAGUCAAAAAAAAAAAAAAAAAAAAAAAAAGUGCCACAGGAUAAAAAUAAUCUAGUAUCUGUCCUGAGAAAAAAUGUCUUACUCAUUUAGGAUUCUGUUAAAUUUAUUUGGGAGGAUAAGGAGAAGGGCAUCGUGACUCAGGAGUUUAAGAGAGAUUACUUUUGUUUCUAUCAUUAGCAAGAAAAAAAAUGAAGGAGAUUCACUGGAAAUCUAAUUAAAGAUUCUUAUGAGUUUA